AUGCAGAGAUCGAGGGUAGUGCCCUACGAGGUUAGGUCGCAGAUGGAGAUAACGGGCGCACACAUCAUACUCAUGCAGGAGCCCUACACAAUGGCGAGUAUAAUACCAGGAUUAGGGACGAGCGUCGCGAUCGUGUUUCGCGGAGACAAGAGCGCCUCGCCUCUCGUGCCGGUGGGGAUUAGAGAAAACCACAUCCCGGCUCUCAAUGUCGCCAGCUUGUGCACGAGACACUGCGCUUGUCUGGAUAAGGUGCUGUUGUACCUGCGGGGCAAAAGGGUCAUCGUCGGAGCGGGCGUCAAUGCUAAGUCGCCGCUGUGGUUCUGCAGGGAGCUCGACCAACGCGGCGAGCCCCUCGAUGGCCUGAUUUCUCAGCACGGUCCGUUGGUGCUUAACCGGCCGUGCGACGUCACAACGUUUGAGGCAACGCGCGGGAAAUCUAUCAUCGACGUGACGCUCGUCACUCCGGAAGCACUACCGCUCGUGCAAAACUGGAAGUUGCACGAGGACGGAAAAUCCAGCGACCACCGAAUACUGGAGACGCGACUUAACCUCAAGAAGAGGAAAGCACCGCCACCACCACUACAACAACGCUACCACGCCAGGAAGGCCAAUUGGGAAAUGUUCCACCAGCACGACUUCGAAGAAAAGAGGAACAUGUCCGAAAAGUGGAUCAAGUGCCAUGCGGACAUAGAGAGUAUGGUCGCAGAGCUGGAGCGAGUUCUCACCAAAGUCUGCAGUGCGGCCAUGCCGAAGAAGAAAUGGCACGAAUGGUCUAGACCUUGGUGGACCCAAGAUCUCACACGUGCGAAUAGGGAUGCGUACCGAGCAAGAAGAAGGUUCCAGCGGACCAAGGACCCUGCAACGAGGGAUUUAGAGGAACAGCGCUACCGCUAG